AUGAUUAGAGUCGGGCCGCCGGUGUUCUUCUACCUUCUUCCUCAAAAUCAAGCAGCGGUUAGCAUAGUAUCCCUGCCUAGCAAUGCAUCAUUUAAGCAUUCGGAACCUAGUGAUGGAAGUGUGUGGCUUCGAAUAGGGAUCGAUCAUAUACCCAAGAGCUCCGGUCGACUAGUCUCGUUUGGGUGUGACCAUUCAUGUUGUGAUAUACUCCUGCCCGAAGGCUAUCCUCAGAAGCAAUGCCAUUUCUACAUCCACCCACGGACCUUCGAAGUUUUAUUGCGAGACGACACUGCAGAUUACUCUACUAUUCUUAUUGCAUCCAAUACGCCUGCUGAAACGAGGUUCAGCUUGCCUGAUGGCCAGCCCAGGCAGAGAGUCGUGCUUGAAGCCGUCAAAAAUGCGCACAUCAAGAUGCAAAAGGCGCUCUUCAUGAUCGGCUGGGCCGGGACCCGAAAUGUGGCAUUCGAAGCAGCUCGGGCGACGUCUAAGUUCUCGCCAAGUGCUGCCCUUGGAUCUCAUGCAGCAGAUCCCUUCGAGAAUGGCCGGAUCGUACACAGGCGCAUACGUCGGCUGGGUACUGGCUCGUAUGGGAAGGUUUUCUUAACAGUGAACUUGAAAACCGGCGAUCACCUGGCCGUCAAGGUUUUCGAAUUCGCGCCCGAAGUGGAGCGGGAAGGCAAGGACGUUGUUAGGCAAGAAGUGGACUUGAUAAAAGAACUCUCUCAUCCGAACAUUGUUGUGUUCAAGCACGCGCAAGGCUGGGAACCCUUAGCCAGAGCCGAAAUUUUUAUGGAAGCAUAUCAGGGUUCUCUAGUAGAGCUUUGGGUCGAUUGGAAGGGAAAGAGAGGAAGUUCCAAAUACCCUCCGUUCUUUCCAAAUCUAAUGAAGCAGAUGCUUUCAGCCCUGGUCCACCUUCACAGCCGGGAUAUUGUUCAUCGGGACAUCAAACCAGAUAAUAUCCUGCAUGACGGGAAGGGCAAUUUCUACCUAGCAGAUUUCGGACUUUCGAAAAGGCUAGAUAUGAGCACGACAGCCGUUGGGAGUCUUCAUUUUGUCUCCCCGGAUAUCUUCCAACCAGGGCUGCAGACUACCAAGAUGGAUGAGCUAGUACGUGGCCAUCAGAAGUGGUUCCAGGCUAUCAGAGACACUGUGACAAACGGGGUCCCACAAUUACUUCCCAUGUUUGAGAUCAAUCCGCAAAGACGAUACUCUGCCAAAGAUUGUCUGGAAAAACUUUUCGAUCAAGACUCGAAAAUGGAAGCCAUGUUCAGGGAGCUUGCAGCUCGGCAGCGUUCUGGUGGUCGAGCCGUAUUGACAGAAGGCGUACGUGUUCAGCGUGGAACAACUACCAAUGCGGCGUCCCCAGCAACAGCUUCAGCAGCUCGUCAAAUUCCUCAAGAGAAGAACCGGGGUCAACCACCAUCAGACCGAGCGCCUCCAUCAGCAAAAGCCGAAAAGCGUCCAACCUCCGAAGUGAGUUCAGGGAACUUAGCAUAUUUAGCUGAGGUGACAGACCGGUAUCGCGCUCGACAGCAAACUGAACGGUCUUUAAUGCAACCACAACUGCAAGAUAAGCAGCAAAAUGACCAAAGCGCUCGCGAUCCGCAAGGCCAACAAUGUCUGUCCUCACAGUUAACAGCGGUUCGAUUGGCGCAGCCGAAUGACAAACACGCUGGCGAAGCAAUAGGCCGCGGGGGUCCAUGUUCACAACUAGCAUCGUUUCGAUUGGCACAGCCGCAUGGCGAACACCCUGGCGCGACGAGUGCCUGCGGCGGCCCACCUUCACGACUAGGGUCAUUUCGAUUAGCACAGCGGCAGGACCAACGUCCAGAUAAAGUAUUGGCCCGCCAGGGGCAAUUACCAAAUUCGACGGCCUCAGAAGUGGAAGGAUUAGUAGCAAUGCCAAAAGAUGGGGAAAUCUGUCGUCACGAAGUUCAGCAAGCUAUUCAACUCGCUUUACAGCAAGUUCAGCGAAGUCCAGCAUCGCAACUGGCGUUCUCUGAGGCAGAAGACUCAAUUAAAACACUUGGAAUAGGUCAAGCUCAGAGGGCUCUAGAGCAGCAGGAAGCUCAAUCGCAGCCGCCACAGCAAUCUGGCCAAGCUGUUCGCGGCAUACCAGCCAGUCAGCAAGCCCAACAACGACCACAGCAACCUGUUCGUGGAAUGCUUUCCAGGGAAAUAGACCAAUACAGACGAGACCAACCACACCGCGGCAUACCGGUCCAACGACAAGCUCAACAACAACGUCAGCAACCUGUCCGCGGAUUACUAGCACGGGAGCUAGAUCAGUAUCGGCAACACAACCCCCUCCGCGGCACACCGGCCCAACGGCAAGCUCAACAGGAUCAACAAUAA